UUGCACCGGCAAGCUUCGUCCAGUUUCCACGAUUCCAGACGGAUAUGCCAAGGUCUUACCUUUACGGCAGUAUAGGCUUUCCCAUCGCUCACGAAAUCACAAACGGUUUGAACGACGGAGGAAAGAAUGAGGACGAAGAGGGACAAGAAAACACACUGCCAAGUAUGGCGAACCAGAAGGAGUUCAAAGAAAGUUCGGAUUGCUUAACUCAUGAGUUCGAUGAAAUUU